CGUGGCCAACGCAAUUGAUACAUGCAGCGUCAUGUACCGGCCUUGCCUUGCAAGACGUGUCUGUCUGUCGCAUUCAAUUCAACACAACACACAAACUGAGUCAUUCACUUUUCGCGUAUACCAGAUGGUCACACCAGACACACAGCUACAGGCAUUCGUCAAACAAGUGCAUCACCUGCUUGCACCACUCUCAACAAACAAGGAGCUGCCACCGAUCUUUCCCUCGCGACACCCGUAGCUAUGCGUCUCUCAUUUCGACGUCUGCGUCGGUGACCUCGAGUCGUCCCUUGAGCAUCUUGACCUCCUCCAGGACGGUUGUGGUGCCGGUGGGGAACAUGACGGGCUUGGGGAUGCGCGUGCGGGGGUAGGGGGCCAUGAUGUUGCGGUGCAUCGUGUAGGCGUCCUUGGUCACCACACACAGGUCCACCUGGCCGCCAGAACCGAGGUCGUUCGUGAUACCUGCAUGAACCAGCCAGCAAGGCACACAGAUGGGUUGGCGCUCGGUUUUCUGUUUGUCUGCCUGUGUGUGUGUGUGUCCUCAAGGAUUGCUGACCAGCGAGGAUGGCCUCGCUGACGAGCUUCUUGCCCUCCUCUAUCGUCAUGUCGUCCUUGUAACCUGUGCACACACACAUACGAUGAUGCAUGCCAACGACCGACAGGGGCAAUCGAUCCCCCGGCUCAGCUCAUGCUGCCCCCCCAUUGCCCUCAUACCCCUCAUUCAUUACCUGUCUCGAGCAUGCUCAUGGCGGCGAGGCUGCCGCUGCCCAUGCUAGCGAAGGGCAGGCGGUCUGUGGAGCCGUGCGGGUAGAUCAUGUAGAGCGAAGGCCCCGUCGGGUCCACCCCGCCCAUGACCAGCGCACACCCCACGUAGCCCAUGUAGCGGAACAAGUGCUGGCUCAGCAUCGUCACGGCCGUACCAACACGAGGCGUCCGGUGCAGAGUCAGCCUGCAGGUGGGCAGCCAACGACAGACAUGACAUGAUGAGAGAGAGAGGGUGAUAUUGACAGACUGUCUCGGUAGUGAUGUGGGCGAGGCGGUCACCUCAUGAGUUCGAGGUCAGCGGCGAAUUUCUUGGUCGUGUGCUCCAGGUCUGCUGCCGUGCCGGCGCCAGCACAGCAGAUGUUGUCGGCCAUCUUGUGCAGCUUCUCGCAGUUCUUGUCGGCCACUAUGUCACCAGCUGCAGGCACACAUUGCCACAGACGGCAGGGCAUUUUGUCUGCCGCUCCUCUCUGCAUGUUUUCGCCACCUGACCGGUGGCGCGUGUGUCUGCGCCCAGUACGACGCCUCCGUCGCACACGACGCCGCAGAUGGUGGUGCCUGUCUUCUUGAGGUCGGGCAUCUUGAAGGCCUGCGGGUCACUGCUGGCGAGGAACUGGUUGCGCUGGUAGUUGUCGAACACGAAGCCCGCGCCCUUCUGCGCCACCAACGUCUCCACGUAAUCCACCGGCAUGACUCACUCAAAGCAGAUCUCCCUCGGGGUCUCUCUGCACCCAAGAUGCGACACCGAAUUAGUUGAUCUGGCAGCACCGAAUUCGCCCUGCCUCUCUGGAGCAG